UUGUUUUGCCAUGACUCGAUAACGAUAUAUUUUGGUACUAACAGUAGGCGUGGAUGAAGCAUGGUAUGAUUCUGCUGCAGUGCUAGAAUCUGAGUGUAGUGAUGAUGAUUAUCAAAGCCUUUCUGAUGGUGUGUCGACAACUUGUAGUAUUUGUUUUUUUGAAGCUGCAUUUGACUCAUCAAUUUGAUUCUCAGAACAGAUAGUGAUUUGUAUUUGUGUUGAUGUGAGCGCCCUUAGUGGCUUUGAUGGUGCUUCUAGAACUGGCAUUGUUUCUCAGAGAGAUCAUAUCUCUUCCCUUCAAGAACCCCAAGAAUCAGGCGAUGGUGUGUGUGAUUUUUCCGGUGAAGCAGCUAGAAGCUCAGUUUCCACUAGUGCUUCUGAUAUCAGUGUGAUGAUAAAUGAUACGAGUGAUGUGCAGCCUGUGUACCUUGAUGAGAUAUCUGGAGCCUCUAGGGAAAACGCUAAUAAGGAGGAUAAUUUAUUGGAUAACUGUGGAAUCCUUCCAAACAACUGCUUGCCGUGUCUGGCUUCGACUGUUUCUCCUGUUGAAAGGAGAAGAUCCCUUAGUUUUAGCCCUCCGAAUGCUAGGAAGAAGACAGCCUUGAAGCUCCCACUCAAAUGGAAGGAAGAGCAUACUGCGGCCUCUAAAUUUUCUUCAAAAGCGGUCCUGCAACGACCUAUAGCUGGUUCACAGGUUCCCUUCUGCCCCCUCGGGAAGAAAAUACCAGACAGUUGGUCGGAUAUUGGACCCGAGACAUUCAAGAUUAGGGGAGCGAAUUACCUGAGGGAUAAAAGAAAAGAGUUUGCUCGCACUUGUGCUGCAUACAAUCCUUUUGGUCUUGAUGUAUUUUUAUCUCAGAGGAAAAUCAAUCAUGUUGCUCGAUUUGUGGAGCUUCCUGCUAUUCAUUCUUCUGGAAAACUUCCACCUAUUCUAGUUGUAAAUGUCCAGAUACCAUUAUAUCCUGCAACAAUUUUUCAAGGUGAAACAGAUGGUGAAGGGAUAAGCUAUGUUUUGUAUUUCCAGCUUUCUGAAACCUUCGCCAAUGAUGAUUCAGCUCAUUUUCAAGAAAAUAUUAGGAGACUAAUUGAUGAUGAAGUAGAAAAAGUCAAAGGUUUCGCUGUAGACUCCUUGUCGCCUUUCAGGGAAAGACUAAAGAUAUUGGGCCGCAUAGCAAACAUGGAGGACCUGCCUCUAAGUGCUGCAGAGAGGAAACUCAUGCAUGCAUACAACGAGAAGCCUGUUCUUUCUCGUCCUCAACAUGACUUUUACUCUGGUGAAAAUUAUUUUGAGAUAGACUUGGACAUGCAUAGAUUCGGCUACAUUUCUAGAAAGGGGUUCGAGACAUUCUUCGAUAGACUAAAGCUGUGUGUGAUGGAUUUUGGAUUAACAAUCCAGGCAAGUAUCAAGUCCUUAAGUUAGGGUAAUAAAGCUGAAGAGUUGCCAGAACACAUCUUGUGUUGUAUACGUUUAAACGAAGUUGAUUAUCUAAACUAUCAUCAACUUGGGUUCUUCGGAAAACCCACUGAAUAGGAUAAAAAUAAGUGUAAAGCAUCAUAGAUUAUAGCAAAAAAAUAAAUACGGAGUACAAUUUUUUAAGAA